AUGAGCGACCAACAUGGUGCCGCUGACAUGGACGCUGGCGAGAUCGACUUCAAACUAUACCGCUACACGCCGUCUCUCCCAGCUGCCAUUGUGAGCGCCAUCGUCUUCGCGAUAUUGACAGCAGUGCACGCCUGGAGACUCUACAGAGCACGCGCCUUCUACUUUAUCGCCUUUACUGUUGGGGGCGUCUUCCAAACCGUAGGCUAUUGCGGUCGUAUAUGGGGUCACUUUGACAAAGAAUCCUUGGGUGGUUUCAUCAUCCAGGCGAUCCUGAUCCUCGUCGCGCCCGCCCUCUAUGCCGCGUCCAUCUACAUGAUCCUCGGCCGUCUGAUCCGAACCGUCCACGCACAACAUCACUCCCUGAUCCCCGUGCAAUGGGUCACGCGCAUAUUCGUCACGGGCGAUGUCCUGGCCUUCUCGCUACAAGCAGCAGGCGGCGGGCUCUCGUCAGGGGGCAGCCUUGAGAUGUUUGAGAUGGGCGAGCAUAUCAUUAUUGCCGGUCUUUUUACGCAAAUCGCCGUUUUCGGAUUCUUCGUGGUCACUUCGAUUCUCUUCCACCAUCGUUUGAGCCGGUAUCCGACCGUCGAGGCUUCGCGUGGCUCCAUCCCCUGGCGUCGGGAUCUCUGGGCUCUCUACGUGACAAGCGCCAUCAUCCUUGUGCGUAGCGUCUUCCGAGUUAUUGAGUACAUCCAGGGCAACAAGGGAUACCUCAUCUCUCACGAGAUAUUCCUCUACAUCUUCGACGCCAUCCUGAUGGCGGCUGUCAUGCUCAUCUUUGCGAUAUGUGGCCAUGAGAUGCGCGCCCAAGAGGGAAACGACAGCCGCGACAGUGCAGGGCCGUUGAGGGGAAAAGGGCCAAGAGGAUAA